AUGCGUUCUUUAAUAUUCAUAUUACUUUUAGCGAUCCCAUGUUCAUUAGCCAUCAUUAAGGAGACGAUAGAGUGUGCGCGGGUGCAACGUAAUUCAACGUGCUUCAUCGAGGGCGUAACGUUUGAAUCCCCAACGGAGGAGUACUUUGCCGCAUUUCCAACCUCAUCUCACAUAAUUAUAGAAUCAAGUGAAAUUCUACAUUUCUCGGCCCAGCUGUUUGAUGCGCUUGCAGAGACGGCGUUCCUAACGCUGAAGGGCUGCCUGAUACCGACGGUUACCUUUCGCUCGGAUGAAUUACACUGUCUUCGCAUCGAUAAUACGGGGCUGCGGGAGUUUGCGGUAACUCCGCACGAAAAUCGGAACCUCAACACGCUCAUCAUCAACGGCAACCCUUUGUCGGCUAUUCCACCGAAUGUCCGAUAUCUUACAGCCCUAUCCAUACUGGACCUGUCCAACAAUCAGCUGGAGUACGUCAAACUUGGCUGGUUUCAGACGAUGGACAACCUGCUGGUGCUCGACCUUUCGGGAAACAGGAUCGCGCGUAUAGACGUCCAUCCGUCACUGCGACUAGCACGACUGAAGAACUUCUGGAUCAAUCACAACCAUCUGCAGAAUGUACCAUUUUUCCCAAACUUUGCACCUUCCUUGCGGCGCGUCCGGCUUGUAGAAAAUCACUGGAGUUGCGAAUGGGUAGCUCAAGUUCGGCAAUCCAUUUGGGACUCUGUCAUUCAGGUGUACGGUGCAGAGUAUCUGUGUGCGGAUAAAUUAGACGGAGGCCUUUGCUGCUAUGAAGGUUACCCGCUCAAUAACACGGACAUACAGUUUGAGCAAGCGGAGGUGACAUAUUUCGAUAAUAAAAGACAUUCCGAGCCUUUUCCACGGGCAGAACGUUUGACAGCAGUGGUAGAAAAACAAGCAGAGCGGCAACAUGUGCUUCUUAAACAAUCAUACAGCGUGCUGGAGCAAAAGUAUCGCCGACUGGUAGAACAGAAGGAACAGCUUGAGCAGCGAUUCAUUAAUACGGUGCGUGAGUUAGAGCGGACUGUGCAACGAUUAACGGCGGAACUAACAGAGGCGCAGGACACAAUCCGGGCACAAAACUUAAAAAUAGUGUUAUAA